CACGUGAAGCGACAUAUAAACAUUUCACACGUGAUGUGUGAGGUGUUUAGUUUCACAAAUUAAUAGAUUAUCAAAUGGAAAAUAGUAAACUUUAAUAACGUUUAUAAAUAACAAAUGAUAACGUAGCUAAUUAGAGUAUAUUUUAUUUGCUAUUUAACAUGGAGUGUUUUUGGUCUGAUCCUAGCACACAUCCUCAGUGUCCACAUGGGCCGACUUUAUUAUUUGGUAAAUAUGAAAAUGGUGAAUUGAAAAAGUUUUAUGUGUGCUCAGCAUGCCGUGAAAGAAAAGAUUGCACAUUUUAUUUAAAAGAAGGGGACCAAUUGCAAAACCAGGAAAAAAUUAAAUGGGAGCAAAAAAGAAAACAGUAUGCUUCUCAAUAUCAUCACAGGUCAUUAUAUAUACGCUUUAAUGAAGUAAUAGCUGUACCGCCAGAAAGAAGGUGUUAUUGUUAUACCUGUGAAUUGUUAAUAUGUAAGAGUGAAGAAGACAAACAUAAAGAUCAUGAAAUAAAGGAAGGUCUUACAGACUAUGAAAUGAAGCAUCCUACAGAAAUUUUAAAACCUUUAACAAACUCUAGACAAGAAGCUCAAUAUUUUUUCACAAAGAAAUCGACAGAGGAUAUUGUAAAUAUACUUGUAAAGCUUGAUGCAAAGCAAGUUCUAUGUAUUUGUUCACCAAAAAUCCAUGAAUAUAUUUUAGAAAAAUAUGAGGAUAGAAUAUCUUCUCUUUUAUUAGAUUUUGAUGGAAGAUUUCACAACUUUUUUGGACCAUUAAGUUACUGUUGGUAUAAUUUAUUGAACAACCAUUUUUUUGAUAAAAAUGCUAAUUAUGUUUUCAAAGAUUUUAUUAUGCAAAAUGGAGGAAAGGACACAUAUGUAGUAUGUGAUCCACCAUUUGGUAGUAGGGUAGAACCAAUAUCAUGGACUCUGAAAAGGAUAUCUGACCUCCACAAAAAAUGGAAUAACAUAGAAAAUGAAACUGAUUGCUUAAAAAUUAUGUUCAUAUUUCCAUACUACAUGGAAUCCAUUAUGAAACAAAAGAGUAAUCCAGUGGAUCUAUCUGGUGGUUUAAAAGAUUUGCAAAUGUCAGAUUACAAAGUAUCUUAUGAGAAUCAUCCUUUAUUUGUAACAAGUUCUAAAGCCUCAAAGAAAUCAUCACCUAUCAGACUUUUUACAAAUGUGCCAUUGCAUUUAAUAGAACUUCCUGAAUCAGAUGGAUACAAAUAUUGUAAGAAAUGUAAAAAGUGGGUUGCCCAAGAAAACAAACAUUGUAAGAAAUGUAAAGAAUGUACUUCCAAAAACGGUUUGACAUACGAACAUUGUAAUAAAUGCAAACGGUGCGUAAAACCGUCUUGGAAACAUUGUGAAACUUGUGAAAGAUGUGCUGCAGUGAAGCACGCAUGUGGUCAGAAACCAAAAGUUACAGGGAAAUGUUUUAAAUGUGGCCAAUUGGGGCAUGUUGCAAACGACUGUGAUACCAAUCAAGAUGAUUCAGUAGAUGAAAAGAAAACUAAAAAAAUUCGAAAACGUAAAGCCAAUAGUGAAAAAGAUGUAGUGGGUAACAAAAAGAAGAGAAAACUAAAUUCAAAUAAACAUGAUGCAAAAGGAAAGAAACUACUUGACAAAACAUUGGAAAGUCAAGGAAAAAAUAACGAAAGAAAAAAGAAAAAGACCACCCCAGAACUUAAAGUAAAAACUGUACAGAAAUCUAAACUGUCAAAAAUACAUAAAAAGAAGAAAUUAAACGCUCAAUCAAACGGGAUUAUGAAUGUAAAGAAAAAAAUAAAGAAAUGACCUAAUUUUAUUAAUUGAAAAUAAAC